CUGCGGAGUUUCAAUUACAGGCUGCUUGAGAAACACGAGAGAGUUAAAUAUGGUGAAGAAGAAUGAGGAAGAGAGAGACAGACAGACAGACAGACAGACAGAAAGGAGUUCACUUCUAACUGGUCGACGCUUGAGUUGGACACCUCGUGCAUCUGCAUCAUAAGUUUGCAGGAAUGUCUCUGAACCUCACCUCUAACCUCACGGAUCCGUUCUCUUGCUACCACCCCUCGGUGGAGGUGUACCGCUACUUUGGGGUUGCCCUGGGCUGUGCGGUGACGCUGGGGGGUGCGCUGGGCAACGCCCUGACCCUGCUGGCUUUGGCAUGGGACCGAGGGCUGCACACCCGUUUCAACGUGCUGAUCCUGAACCUCAGCGUCGCGGACCUCCUGUACUGCGCCGGUCUGCAGCCCUUCACUGUCGACUCCUACCUGCACCUGCACUGGCGCUGGGGGGGCCCAGGCUGCAGCGCCUUCGCUCUCCUGCUCUUCCUCUCCAACGCAGUCUCCAUCAUCACCCUCUGUCUCAUCGCGGCUGCCCGCUACUUGAUGGUGGCCCGCGGCCGGCUCUUCAACAGAGUGUUCGGAAGAGUCGGUCUGGCCCUCCUGGUCUCCUCCACCUGGGCACUCGGACUGGCCAGUUUCGGUCCCCUCUGGGGCGCCUACGGGUUCGUGACGCAGGUGUGCACUUGCAGUUUCCAUCGCACCCGCGGCCGGCCCUACUCCACGAUCCUGCUGGUCCUGUACUUCUUCGUGGGGCUGGCCUGCGUCGGGGUUUUUUAUUUCCUCAUCCACAGGAAGGUGAAGGCAGCGGCCGCGGCACUGGAGAGGCACAAGAUCAAGAAGGGCGUUUCCAUCAGAGCUACCGGAAAGGGAGAGGGAGAGGGAGAGAGCGGCAACACUCAGCACACCGACCUGGAAGCAGAUCACAGCCAGGGGUCUCAGGCAGACAGUUCGGGGGCCGCAGCCGAGCAAUCAGGGGCCCGAUUCCCGACCCAGAAACCAGCGCAACCUGUGGACCGGUCGGGUCCUGCUGAAACGUCAAGCAGCAGCCAAUCGGAUCCUACGCAAGUCUCGAGCGACGACAACAAAAAACAACCACCCGUCUCGGACCGUUCGGACCCCAGCAGCUCCUCCGGGGACAAAACAGAGAGCCAGAGCUGGCCCAAAACCAAGCCCCCUGCCCCGCCCUCCUCCGGGGAGCAGGACGCGGAGUUCAAGCGCGUGACCCGGAUGUGCUUCGCGGUGUUCCUCUGCUUCGUGCUCUGCUACGCCCCCUUCCUCCUCGUCAACGCGCUGGAUUCCCAGGGCCGCGCCCCGCAGGCACUCCACAUGUUCUGCGCCAACAUGACCUGGCUGAACAGCUGCAUUAACCCCGUGCUAUACGCAGCCAUGAACCGCCGCUUCAACCAAGCCUACCGCGGGGUGCUGGCCCGCGCCCUCGCCCCCCUGGCCAGGCUGCGGGACGCAGUGCGAGGGGCGCGAGGUUAGCGGGUUCAGAUAGAGCUCGCCUCUCCAUAGAGGCCAGGAGCCAGCAACCAUCAUACAAAACACUCCCUAGUCCAAACGUUUGUCAAGUAAUUUGGUGGGUCUACAACACCUUCAUCAUCAUCAUCAUCGGAGUCUGAAUGAAAGUGCUGCGCGAACAGAUUGUCCGAGUAUUGGGACAGAGCUGUCCACUGAAAUCAGGGGAGGAUCGCUGGGGUCGAUCAGGCUGAUUCAGCAUUCAGAGUGACAGGAGUGAAGAAACAGCAGCUUGGGUUUGUGAUGAUCGCUGCUUCUCUUAGAUUCUGUGCAGAACAGCGAUCCACACAAACCCAAGCAGCUGUUUAACUCGUUUCGCUCUGAAUGGAUAAAUCAGCCUGAUCGACAGAAGCAUGCAAGAUAAUCACAUUGGAACACAGCAGUGCACGGAUCUUAGCUGAGAAACUGGAACUGAAGCAAAAAGGGCAGAACCUGGACUUCAAACCUCAAAAGUACUUUUUUUCGUUUUUACAAAAUUCCAACGUAUACAGUGUUUUUUUAUUGUUGGUAUUUAAUAGUUCUCAGUUUAGUUUUUUUGGAUGGCGAAGGCAUUAUAUUUAUUCAACAGCAUGCAUCCCCCCCCUUAGAUAUGUUCAGGAGUAGUUCAUUAAUGUUUCUGUCAGUUUCUGUCAAUAUAAAUGUUAGCACUGUACAAGCAAUUUGUAUAUUAUUUUAUUAAAGUAAUAUUAUUUUAAAAAAUGACAUGUGUGUGUGGAAUAUAACAUUUCUUAAAUCCUGUUUUGUUGAACAGACACACCAUUGAGGAGAGGAGAGGGGGAAGGUGAGGGGGGAGAGGAGAGAGGAAAAGAGGAGGGAAGAUGGGAAAAGGAGGAGAGACGAGGGAAAAAGGAUGAGAGGAGAAGGAGGGAGAGAGGAAAAGGAGAGGAGGGAAGAUGGGAAAAGGAGGAGAGACUAGGGAAAAAGGAUGAGAGGAGAAGGAGGGAGAGAGAGGAAAAGGAGAGGAGGGAAGAUGGGAAAAGGAGGAGAGACUAGGGAAAAAGGAUGAGAGGAGAAGGAAGGAGAGAGAGAGAGAGGAAAAGGAGGAGAAAAAGAGGAGAGUGAGGAAAAGGAGAGGAGAGAGGAAAAGGAGGACAGAAUGAGUGAGAGGAAAAGGGGACACGAGUAAAUGCAUCUAUGAAAAUGAGAAAGAAAAACUAUCCAAGUCCACAAAAAAAAUCUGUAAGUUCAUGACAUUUGAAAACUACAAAUCCCUCCACAAACACACACUAGACCACCCUCCCUGACCUCCAACGACAACCCAGCUCCAAAACUAAGCCUGACUGCCUGCCUCCCAGUCCCUCAGCUCUAACCACUAGGCCCAAAAUAAUUUCCAAGGCCUAAACCUGAACCUAGAGCCAGCAGUUGUGAAGUCCAGCUGAUGAGAGCAACAUUAUUUUUUGGUUAAAAAAAAAAAAAAAAAAAAAAGUCACCAAUACAAGAGCUUACACAGACCCACAAUUAUAGGGUUUGUCUAGAGAAACUAAACUAAAAAAAACAGCUGAAGUCGAGGGAAAGGAUUUCUACUGAAGACCUUCCACUGAGGAAUGACUUCAAACCAGGACGAAACAGCGAGACUCCCAAGGUAAGUGUGGAUUUAAAAAGGGGAGAAGGGAUUUCAUACGAGAGCGCAACAACUUAACAAAUAGGUUUGAAAAUGGAUCAAUACAGACUCACCCAAGAGUUCCUGGAGGAGAGGAAGCACACGCAUCCACGCUGGAGCAGGCAAGGAAACCCAUGUGGACCAGCUCAUAGCCGGUAAGGUCAUUAUCCCAUCACCUCGUUAAUAGUUAAUUGCCAAUUAGAGCCCCACCUGAAUUUGAUUGGCACCAGCAAGGGGGCCUACGCCCAAGGUCUGAAGCCUGGGAUUUGAGUUUAGCAAUUUUUUUUUAAAAAAACCUCAAGCCAAAAGAAACAAAAAACUACCUUCCUCGUCCACGCAGCUGAAAUUCAAGGACAGGAUUUCUACCGAAGAUCUUUUACUGGAGAAUUCGCUCAAAACCAGGAUGGAACGGCGAGGCUACAGAGGCAAGCAUGCAUUUUCAUCACCCCACCCCCCUUGCAUUGCCCAAACCUGAAACCCUGAUAAGAGUUUAAAAAAAAAGGGAAGAAAGGUUUUCUUCCACUUUAGACACAUUUCAGAGACAGAAAUAAGAGUUCUGAAACUAACAACCAAAUAGGGUUGGAAUUUGGCACUCAGACUCACCCAAGAAGUUCCGGGAGGCGAGAGGAAAGCACACACACGUCCACGCUGGAGCAGGCCAGGAAAGCAGAGCACAGCGGAUCACAGCCGGUAAUUCAUUACUUAAAUCAGCUCGUUAAUAGUUAAUUGGCGCCCCACCUGAGCUCAACUGGCAUCAGCAAGAGGCCUACACCAAAGACCUGAAGCCUGCAAUUUGAGUUUUGAACAAACUAGCACACACACAAAAAAGAAAAAUCCAUGUGCUCUUUUACAAACGGAAGUCCGAACAGGAGAAAGGAGAGCAGCAUUUGUGG